AUGGUCACAUCGUCGUUUGUCAACCCUCAAACCCUUCCUUCAAAUUCACCCAUUCACUACUCUCAUUCUUCAAUCCGCGUUCUUAUUUCCAGUCGAAAUCUCAAUAGGGAAGUGGUUCAGAAUCAGAACAAAAUCGAAUGGUCGUUUUCUUCCCCUAAUCGAUUGGCAAUGAAGGCAGGGAGUGCUGCCAAGUUGAUCGUCGACGCUCUGCUUCAGCGCUUCCUCCCUCUUGCACGGCGUCGUAUCGAAACCGCGCAAGCACAGGAUGGGCAAUACCUGCGACCAUCUGAUCCGGCCUACGAGCAGGUGCUCGAUUCCCUCGCAAUGGUCGCGCGGCACACUCCUGUUCCUCUGUUAGAAGCUUUGUUGAAAUGGAGGGAGAGCGAAUCUCCCAAGGGUGCCAAUGAUGCAUCAACAUUCCAAAGAAAGAACAGUGGUAGUUUGUUUGGAGAGAAACUGUGGUCUGGGCUCGAAAAUUUUGUUUUCGACUGGUUAAUAAAUGCUGACAGACAUUAUCACAAGAUCAAAAAGAGAUUCACAAGACCAGCUCUGCACCAGGCCGCUAACAAAGGGCAAGGGGUUUCUCUUGUAGGCCUGGUUGUUAGCCAGGUUGAAUAUCCCUCAUUGGUUGAUCUGAGGGGGCUUCUUCUGGACUUAGUUGCUCAACUCUUAGGUGCGCUGUCCCGCAUCAGGUUUAGUUCUGUUACUGAGCGUUUUUUCAUGGAACUCAACACCCGUCGAAUUGAUACUAGUGCUGCUAGGAGUGAAGCGCUAAGUAUCAUUAAUGGGAUGCGCUACCUGAAACUUGGGGUUAAAACAGAGGGUGGAUUAAAUGCAUCAGCUUCCUUUGUUGCAAAAGCAAAUCCUUUAAACCGUGCUCCUCAUAAACGGAAAAGUGAGCUUCACCAUGCUCUAUGCAAUAUGCUUUCAAACAUCCUAGCACCGCUUGCAGAUGGUGGGAAAAGCCAGUGGCCACCUUCUGGUGUAGAGCCAGCACUUGCAUUGUGGUAUGAAGCUGUUGGACGGAUAAGAGUUCAGCUCAUGCAUUGGAUGGAUAAACAGAGCAAACACAUUGCGGUUGGGUACCCACUGGUGUCUCUUCUUUUAUGUCUUGGUGAUCCUCAAAUAUUUCACAACAACUUAAGUCCUCACAUGGAUCAACUCUACAAACUUCUUAAGUGGGAACAGUUGCCAACCCUGCAUGAAAUACUGUGGCGACGGUGUGGGUUUAUGAUCACUGAAGGUGUGGCUACUGAGAUUGCAGCAUGUGAUCAGAAAAUCAUGUUCAUCCCUGAAUUGUCCCUGAUUUCAGAUAAGAAUCAUCGAUUCAUGGCUUUAGAUUGUCUUCAUCGUGUUUUAAGAUUUUACUUGAGUGUCCAUGCGGCAAACCAGGCCCCAAAUCGAAUAUGGGACAACCUAGACAGUGUAACAUCACAACUUUUAGCAGUUCUAAGAAAAGGAUUGCUUACGCAGGAUGUUCAACAUGAUAAACUGGUUGAAUUCUGUGUAACUAUAGCUGAACAUAACCUUGAUUUUACCAUGAACCAUAUGAUACUAGAAUUACUCAGGCAAGACAGUUCUAGUGAAGCAAAGGUUAUUGGUCUUCGUGCAUUGCUUGCCAUUGUCAUGUCACCUUCAAGUCCUGAUAUUGGUCACUAUAUUCCGAAAGUGAAAGCUGCAAUUGAAUCAAUAUUAAGGUCAUGCCAUAAAACGUACAGUCAAGCACUUUUAACAUCAUCACGGACCACAAUAGAUGCUGUAACCAAGGAAAAGUCUCAAGGGUAUCUAUUCCGAUCUGUGCUGAAGUGCAUCCCAAAUCUAAUAGAAGAAGUUGGGCGAACUGAUAAAAUUACUGAAAUAAUUCCACAACAUGGCAUUAGUAUUGACCCCGGUGUUCGAGAAGAAGCAGUGCAAGUACUAAACCGUAUUGUGAAGUACCUACCCCACCGUCGUUUUGCAGUAAUGAAGGGAAUGGCUAACUUCAUAUUAAAGCUUCCUGAUGAAUUUCCUCUUCUCAUUCAAACAUCAUUGGGACGCCUGUUGGAACUUAUGCGCUUUUGGAGAUCUUGUCUAAUAGAUGAUAGGAUACUACUUGAUGAAGAUGCAAAUUCUCUAGGGCAUGAAACUGAGAGAUUGAGAAAGUCUUCCUUUCAACAAUCAGGCGAAGCAAUUGAGUUUCGGGCAUCAGAAAUUGAUGCAGUUGGCCUUAUAUUCCUGAGUUCUGUUGAUAGUCAAAUUAGACAUACAGCAUUAGAGUUAUUGCGUUGUGUACGUGCAUUGAGGAAUGAUAUUCGGGACUUGAGGAUACAUGAGCAAUCAAAUCAAAUGUUAAAGUAUGAAGCUGAACCAAUAUUUAUUAUUGAUGUUCUGGAAGAACAUGGGGAUGAAAUUGUUCAGAAUUGCUAUUGGGACUCCGGGCGACCGUUUGAUUUGAAACGAGAACCUGAUGCCAUUCCUCCAGAAGUGACACUUCAAUCUAUAAUAUUUGAGAGCCCUGAUAAGAACAGGUGGGCUCGGUGUCUUAGUGAGCUAGUCAAAUAUGCUGCCGAACUUUGUCCAAGCUCUGUUCAGGAAGCAAAGAAGCAGCAGAGCAUUGUAGGAAGGCGGGAGGAACCAAUUCUGAACCAGCACCACAAACCACACAUCUGGAUGCGGCUUGUGAAAGAGGUCAUGCAACGACUUGCUCAUAUCACACCUGCUGAAUUGGGUGGAAAAGCUCAUCAGUCACAGGAUGUUGAUAAUAAACUGGACCAGUGGCUUAUGUAUACCAUGUUUGUUUGUUCAUGUCCACCAGUUGCUCGAGAGUCUACCAAAGAUCUUUACCAUCUAAUUUUCCCUUCACUAAAAUCAGGAUCGGAUGCUCACGUUCAUGCAGCGACCAUGGCUCUUGGCCGCUCACACUUGGAGGCAUGUGAAGACAUGUUUGGCGAACUUUCAUCUUUUAUUGAUGAGGUUUCUUCUGAGUCGGAAGGGAAAGCAAAGUGGAAGAGUCAAAAGGCUCGCCGCGAAGAGCUCCGUGUCCACAUUGCAAAUAUUUAUCGUACUGUUGCAGAAAAUAUAUGGCCUGGCAUGCUAGCUAGGAAGCCAAUGUUCCGCCUCCAUUAUCUUAAAUUCAUUGAUGAGACAACUAGACUAAUCUCAACAUCUCUUGAAAGUUUUCAAGACAUGCAACCAUUCCGCUAUGCACUUGCUUGUGUUCUAAGAUCAUUAGCCCCUGAAUUUGUUGAUUCAAGAUCUGAGAAAUUUGAUGUUAGAACUAGAAAGCGUCUGUUUGAUCUUCUUCUCUCCUGGUGUGAUGAUACAAGCAGUACAUGGGGUCAAGAUGGUGUCAGUGAUUAUAGGCGUGAAGUUGAUCGUUACAAGUCUUCUCAACAUGCAAGAUCAAAAGAUUCUGUGGAUAAAAUAUCAUUUGAUAAAGAAUUGAAUGAACAGGUUGAGGCAAUCCAGUGGGCAUCUAUGAAUGCAAUAGCAUCACUUUUAUAUGGACCAUGUUUUGAUGACAAUGCAAGGAAAAUGAGUGGCAGGGUGAUAUCUUGGAUUAAUGGUUUGUUUUUGGAGCCUACACCAAGGGCUCCAUUUGGUUUCUCACCAGCUGAUCCAAGAACUCCAUCAUAUACCAAGUACCAGGGGGAAGGUGGCCGAGGAGCUGCUGGUCGUGACAGGCUUAAGGGUGGCCAUCACCGUGUUUCUUUAGCAAAAUUGGCUUUGAAGAAUCUUUUGCUUACAAAUUUGGACUUGUUUCCCUCCUGUAUUGAUCAGUGCUACUACUCUAAUUCUUCUGUAGCUGAUGGGUACUUCAGUGUACUGGCUGAGGUCUACAUGCGCCAAGAGAUACCAAACUGUGAAAUACAGAGAUUAUUGAGUUUGAUCCUUUACAAGGUGGUAGACCCAUCAAGACAAAUUCGUGACGAUGCCCUUCAGAUGCUGGAGACACUGUCUGUUCGAGAAUGGGCUGAGGAUGGUAUUGAGGGCUCUGGAAGUUAUCGAGCUGCUGUUGUUGGUAAUCUUCCUGAUUCCUACCAACAAUUCCAAUACAAGCUUUCCUGUAAGCUUGCCAAAGAUCAUCCUGAGUUAAGCCAACUUCUUUGUGAGGAGAUUAUGCAGAGGCAGUUAGAUGCUGUUGACAUAAUUGCACAGCAUCAGGUCUUAACAUGCAUGGCUCCAUGGAUCGAGAACCUUAAUUUCUGGAAACUUAAGGAAGGCUGGAGUGAAAGGUUAUUGAAAAGUCUCUACUAUGUAACAUGGCGGCAUGGAGACCAAUUUCCUGAUGAAAUUGAGAAACUUUGGAGCACAAUUGCUAGCAAAAAUAAGAAUAUCAGUCCUGUUUUAGAUUUCUUGAUCACAAAAGGCAUUGAAGAUUGUGAUUCAAAUGCAUCAACUGAAAUAAGUGGCGCAUUUGCUACAUACUUCAGUGUUGCAAAACGGGUAAGUCUGUAUUUAGCACGAAUAUGCCCUCAACGAACCAUAGAUCACCUAGUGUUCCAAUUGUCUCAGCGACUACUAGAGGAUAGCAUGGAGCCAGUUGCAAGUAAGGGUGAUGCCGGUGCAAACUUUGUGCUAGAAUUCUCACAAGGUCCUGCUGUGGCCCAAAUGACAUCAGUUACAGAUAACCAACCACACAUGUCUCCAUUGCUUGUAAGAGGUUCUCUUGAUGGUCCCCUAAGAAAUGUUAGUGGGAGUUUGAGUUGGAGAACAGCGGGUAUGACGGGCCGGAGUGUAUCAGGUCCAUUAAGUCCAAUGCCUCCAGAGUUGAAUAUUGUCCCAGUAAGUGCUGGGCGAUCAGGCCAGCUCCUUCCAGCCUUGGUUAAUAUGUCAGGACCCUUGAUGGGUGUUAGAAGUUCAACGGGGAGUUUACGUAGCCGCCAUGUUUCACGAGACAGUGGAGAUUAUCUUGUUGACACUCCAAACUCAGGUGAAGAUGGACUGCUUGGUGGGAGUGCUACACAUGCCGUGAAUGCAAAAGAACUUCAAUCAGCCUUACAGGGUCAUCAGCAGCACUCACUUACGCAUGCUGAUAUAGCACUGAUUCUUCUUGCUGAAAUUGCAUAUGAAAAUGAUGAAGAUUUCCGCCAAUACUUGCCGCUACUCUUUCACGUUAUAUUUGUUUCAAUGGAUAGCUCAGAAGACAUUGUACUAGAGCAUUGCCAGCAUUUACUUGUUAAUUUGCUAUAUUCCCUAGCAGGACGCCACUUGGAACAGUACGAGGUGGAAAAUAAUGAUAGGGAGAACAAACAGCAGGUUGUGAGCUUAAUUAAAUAUGUCCAAUCAAAGCGAGGAAGCAUGAUGUGGGAGAAUGAAGAUCCAACAGUUGUCAGAACUGAGCUUCCAAGUGCAGCACUUCUUUCUGCCCUAGUUCAGAGCAUGGUGGAUGCUAUCUUCUUCCAAGGAGAUCUUCGGGAAACCUGGGGAGAAGAAGCACUUAGGUGGGCUAUGGAGUGUACAUCAAGACACCUUGCCUGUCGAUCACAUCAGAUCUACCGAGCACUUCGACCAAGUGUAACAAGUGAUGCUUGUGUAUCCCUUCUUCGGUGCCUCCAUAGAUGUCUGGGAAAUCCAGUACCUCAAGUUUUGGGAUUUGUUAUGGAAAUUUUGAUGACACUGCAAGUUAUGGUGGAGAAUAUGGAGCCAGAGAAGGUGAUACUCUACCCACAGCUGUUUUGGGGAUGUGUUGCUAUGAUGCACACAGAUUUUGUACAUGUCUACCGCCAGGUCCUAGAACUAUUCUCUCAUGUGAUUGAUCGUUUAUCUUUUCGUGAUCGUACAACAGAAAAUGUACUCCUUUCAAGCAUGCCCAGAGAUGAACUUGAUACUAGUGAUUUAGGAGAAUUUCAGCGUACAGAAUCUAAAAGUGGCUAUGAGCCUCUACAAGAGGGAAGUUUGCCAACUUUUGAAGGGGUUCAGCCUCUUGUUCUUAAAGGACUUAUGUCGAGUGUCAGUCACAGUGUUGCUAUUGAUGUUCUCUCUCGUACAACAGUUCACUCAUGCGAUUCUAUAUUUGGUGAUGCUGAGACAAGACUCCUGAUGCACAUCAUAGGAUUACUCCCUUGGCUAUGUCUUCAGCUUAGCAAAGACAUAGUGAUAGGUCCAGUUUCACCACUCCAACAUCAAUAUCAAAAGGCUUGCUCUGUUGCUGCCAAUAUAGCUAUUUGGUGUCGAGCAAAAUCUUUUGAUGAAUUAGCUACUGUAUUUAUGAUUUACUCUAGAGGAGAGAUUAAGAGUAUUGAUAAUUUUCUGGCUUGUGUUUCACCACUUCUAUGUAAUGAAUGGUUUCCAAAACAUUCAACCUUGGCCUUUGGACACUUGCUACGGCUACUAGAAAAAGGACCAGUUGAGUAUCAACGUGUCAUUCUACUUAUGCUCAAAGCUCUCCUCCAGCACACACCAAUGGACGCUACCCAGAGUCCACAUAUCUAUGCAAUUGUGUCCCAAUUGGUGGAAAGCACUUUGUGUUGGGAGGCACUUAGUGUGUUAGAAGCCCUUCUACAAAGUUGCAGCUCAUUGACUAGUUCUCAUCCAUAUGAACAAGGUUCAUUUGAGAACGGAAUUGGUGGAACUGAAGAGAAGUUCCUUGCUCCACAAACGUCAUUCAAGGCCCGAAGUGGCCCUCUACAGUAUGGUUUGGGAUCAGGGCUGGGCUCAAUUUCUAACCCUGGACAGUUUGGUGCAACUGAUUCUGGGAUGACACCAAGAGAGGUAGCUUUGCAGAAUACUCGUCUGAUUCUUGGUCGGGUAUUGGACAGAAGUGCAUUAGGUAAGAGAAAGGACCAGAAGAAGCUAGUCCCUUUUGUGCCCAAUAUUGUUAACCCGUGA